AGCGCAGAGGGAGGAGAGGGAGAGACGGUCCAGUGCAGUGCUCCAAUACUCACCUCUAUGAUGCCAGAAGUGAAGUGAAAAGCUACGUUAUUCCUCUCCAUUUCUCUCCCUCAAUACUAUUCUCUGUGACAUCAAUGAACUGAAAACCAUUAGCCAAAACAAACCAAACAAGCCGAGCCAAGCCAAAAGUGUUCAUCGGCGUAUGUGAAGUGUACAAAUCUGUGGCUUAUGUAACCUAACCUAUUCCAUCAAGAGAAUUAUGUCCCUAACUCAGAAGAUCGAAGAGUGAUUGUUCCUUGCAUACAGUGACAGAAUGAGCAGAAGGUGAAAGGAGAAGUUGACUUGAAAAAAUAUAUAAUCUCUUUCUUGAAGUUACGAAAUACUUGUUGGAGAAUUUACUUGAUUAACGAGUGAACAUUUGGUGAGUGAGAAAGAGAGGGUGAGAGAUUAAAGAAAACUCGUAUGACGCUCUUUAUAAAAACACUCGUAGAAGGAGGAAGGGGAAGUGAGAAUAUAGAAAGUACUUACGCAACGCCUUUUAAGUAUUUACUCCAUUAACGAACCAUUUGUUGAGAGAGAGAGAGAGAGAGAGAGAGAGAGAGAGAGAGAGAGAGAGAGAGAGAGAGAGAUAAAAGAGGAAUUGCAUAACACUCUUGAGAUUCACUGUCUUUCUUGUAGGGAGAAGAAGAGGAGGUGAAGCUGUGACGCGCCCUACACGCCCUUCAGGUCCUAUGUAGCUUCACCAGGGUCCCUCCGUGGUGCUGAACGACGAAGUGGCGGCAGGGACAUGGCGGGCGGGACGGCGGUGGUGGUGGCGGUGCUGGGGGUGCUGGUGGCCGUGAACAGCCAGCAGGAAACAAUCCCAGAGGACCCGACCACUGAGUAUUACAUGCGGCUGCUCAGAUCCCUCUUAGCAAACACGACAUACGCCCUACAUAACGCCCUCACCCGCCUGCAGGAGAACACAGCGCAGGAGACGAGUGUGAGGAGCCUGCAGGAGUCUUUGAGGGACGUGAAGGAGUCUGUGGGCAGUUUGGAGAGGAGCAUUGAUAGGGUUCGUAACAGUGUUGAUAAUGGAGUGGACAGGACGCGCGUGGAGAUUCGCACCUUCCGUAACCGCGUGUCCGGGGAGCUGGCAGACCUGAGGCACCUGGUGGAGGACAAGACCGGGAGCGUCAACCACAAGGUGGCGGAGAUAGUAGCGGGGGACUGCCAGGAUCUGUACGACCUGGGACACAACGCCAGCGGAGUAUACCACCUGGCGAGGCACGGGCGUGAUGUCCUGUGUGAGAUGGAAGGCGGCGACGGAGGCUGGCUGGUGGUGCAGAGGCGGGCGAGGGUGGCUGAGCAGGUAGACUUCAACUUGGGCUGGGACGAGUACAAGAAGGGUUUUGGGGACCUGGAGACGGAGUUCUGGAUUGGCAAUGAUUUCUUACACGUCCUGACUAACCAGAAGACUUAUCAGCUCCGUUUUGACUUCCACGACUACGAGGAUGGCCCUUUCUAUGCUGCCUACAGCACAUUCCGAGUGGGCAACGAGGAAAGUCAUUACCCUCUCUACAUCGGUGACUUCUCUGGCAAUGUCACGGACGCCUUCACGUACCACCACGGACGCUCCUUCUCCACCAAGGACCGCGACAACGACCUCUACUCCGUCGGGAACUGCGCCGAGGAAUUCACAGGUGGCUGGUGGUACGACAGGUGCUACGAUGCUCACCUGAACGGCUUGUUUCCCGUCGUGCCGGACCGAGUGGAGGCCAAAUACAUUACGUGGUGGGCGCACAAAGGUGACAAGAGAGUGCCCUUCGUGCUGGACAAGGUCACCAUGAGGAUCAAGCCGAAACCAGUGUGACCUUCAGUAUGAUCUAAAAUGUGACCCUGACCUUCGUGACUUAUUCUGUGUGACCUCCAGUAUGACCUUGACCUUCGUGUGACUUUUCAAUGUGACCUUCAAUUCUUGACCUCCAGUGUGAUCCCCAGUGUGAGUGAUCUUGACCUCUGUGUGAUCCUCAAUGUGACCUUCGUUUCUUGACCUUAGAAAUACCCCUGCCAGGAACUCCCAUCUUCAUUCCCUCCUGUUAUUAACUUUUUUGGUCACCCUGUACUGGUUUACCGAGAAAUUUCCCGCCUUUGUAACACACACACCUGCCUGCACCACCCUGUAAGCUGUACUAUUAUUAUUAUUGUUAUUAUUAUCAUUAUUAUUAUUACAAUCACUAUUAAUACUUUUUUGCUACUUGCUAAUCCUAUUGCUAACUGAUUUGUGACCCUUUCAGUACUGGGACGCAUUUUUACCUUGAAUUUUGUGUACCAGAAGACCAUUUUACUGACAUUAAGAAGGGUAUGGAGGUUAGAAGAUUAAUAGCCACAGACUUCACUAUUUUAAUCCCCACGUGAGUUUGUGAAGGUGUGUAAAAUCACCAAAUAGUAAGCAGAAUGAAGAUGAAGAUGCGUCAUAGUACUAAAGGGAUGAAAGCAUUUAGAGCAAUUCCCUUCAUUUAGUAUCUCAAUUGUUUUUCUCCGUUCAUUUCUUCCACGGCCUCCCUCACAGACCGCCUUCAGACCGCCUGCCACUUUCUCUCUCUCACCUCCCAACACCUGAGCGUUUCCAGGAAGGCGUACAACCAGAUCAGACCUCGAAAGAUCCUUGGUAUUUGUAAAUCUUUCCUAUUCUUUUUUUACAGAACCUGCAUCUGUAAGAACGAACACCCAGAUGACUCAUACUUAAUUUGACUUACUUUAACGUUUGCAAUCUCUCUCUCUCUCUCUCUCUCUCUCUCUCUCUCUCUCUCUCUCUCUCUCUCUCUCUCAUUUGAUUGUUUGCACUGGUAUAUAUAUUGUCACUCUCUUUGGUAUGGUUUCAGUGAGUAGUUGCAUUUGUCAAGCCUCAGAUUCCUUCAUAGUUUUCACUCUCUGGCUCUUUCUCCAAUGCUGUGAGUGAAAUCGAUCGACCCAUGUAUUCAUUUUAUUUCAUUUUUAUUUUAUUCUUACCUUUUAUUUUCAGUUUAUCUUAUCUUAGGCGCUGUUUUUUUUUUUUCAUUUAAUUAACUUUGCAAACGAAAAGAUCGACUUGGUAUCGAUCUUUGACUUUCUUAUCGUAUUUUGCAACUGUUUCUUACUUUACUUGGUAUUUUAGUUAAUGUUCCUCUACGUAAAUGAAUGAAAAGAUUUGUCUAAUUUUCAGCUUAUUUUCAUCUUAUCUUGAUUGUGUUUGGAUUGCAUGUACACCUUUUAGUCACUGUCUCAUCAAGCUAUAUGAAUGAAAAGAUUUGUCCCA